AUGGCUUUCCUGCCGAGCCAAGCAGCAUCAUGCCAGCGACAGACCACGCCGCCAGGUGCCCCGCACAACCCAGUCACCAUGUCGAUGGUAAUGGAUUUUCACCGACGUGCCACGCUCACACACGGUGCAUGUAAGAGUCAUGGGGGCGUAAAUCAACUAGGGGGUGUGUUCGUUAACGGUAGACCGUUGCCCGAUGUCGUCCGCCAGCGCAUUGUCGACCUCGCACACAGUGGCGUCAGGCCGUGCGACAUCUCAAGACAACUACGGGUCUCACACGGUUGUGUAUCGAAAAUUCUCGGCAGGUAA